CAGACACCAUUCUACAAAUACCACCAGUAACCAACAGAACUGAACAACACUGGAUCCACCGAGACUUCACAUGGACCGGGACAACACACUGGUAGUGGCUUUCUAAGGACAGCCCAUCCAGACAGGAAAAUGAAAAAACCUGCACUCAUACAUUAUUGAAGGACAGAAGUGCCUUCACAGAUAUCAUGACUCCUGGAGACUUUCUGGAAAUGUAUCAUAAUAAUUAAUGUCUCGUGUCUUGAAAGCUAUGGAUUGAGAAGCUGGCUCGGAGUGAGACAUAUUUCACAUUUCCAUGAUGGUGCUGUUCCUAGUUUCAGCAGCUCUUAUUACAAACAGUUCUUCUCAUGGAAACCUGACCACAGAGUCUCCAGCUCCUCAGGGCUCACAUGUGUUAGCCUCAGGCCUCGUCACCUCCCUCCUGCUCCUCAUCUUUCUUCUCCUCGUUGCCUACAUUCUGAGGUUUAAAGAGCAAAGGAAGGAUCUUGUUGCAUCAGUUGACAAGAAGUUGCCAAAUGGCUUUUUGGAAGAUCAAGAACAAACUGUGGUGCUCCUCCCAAGAUCACCCUCUCCAUCAAAGCGUUAUUUCCCCAUCCCGCUUGACUUUCUGGAGGAAGAAUUUCGCCUACGCACGGCAGAUGAUAGCAAACUCUUCAGAGAGGAAUUUAAUUCUUUGCCUUGUGGUUUUGGCUGCGGUACCUUUGAAGAGGCAACCAGAGAGGAGAACAGAGAAAAGAACAGAUAUCCCAAUAUUCUGCCUUAUGACCACUCCAGAGUGCUGCUUUCACACAUAGAUGGAUAUAUGGGCUCAGAUUAUAUAAAUGCUUCUUAUAUAGAUGGUUACAGAGAAAAGAACAAAUUUAUUGCAGCUCAAGGUCCAAAGCCAGAGACAGUGGGGGAUUUCUGGAGGAUGGUUUGGGAGCAGAAAUCUACUACUAUAGUCAUGUUGACCAACACAAGAGAAAGAAAAGAGGAAAAGUGCUAUCAGUACUGGCCUGAGCAGGGCUGCUGGAUCUAUGGCUGUGUGAGGGUGGCAAUGGAAGAUGUCACUGUCUUGGUGGACUACACGAUCAGGAAGUUCUGUGUGCAGCAUAAUGCUGCUGAUGGUUGCAGACCUCCAAGGUUGGUUACUCAGCUGCAUUUCACCAGUUGGCCUGAUUUUGGCGUACCCCUCUCCCCUAUUGGCAUGCUCAAGUUUCUUAAGAAAGUCAAGAGUGUCAAUCCUGCCCAUGCUGGACCAAUAAUAGUGCACUGUAGUGCUGGGGUUGGCAGGACUGGGACAUUCGUUGUGAUUGACGCGAUGAUGGAUAUGAUGCACACUGAAGGGAGGGUGGACGUGUUCAGCUUCGUAUCCAGAAUACGAAAGCAGCGUUGUCAGCUCAUCCAAACAGAUAUGCAGUAUUCAUUUAUUUACCAGGCAAUUUUGGAGCAUUACCUGUAUGGUGACACUGAGUUAGACAUUGCCUCGCUGGAGGGCCACCUCCACAAACUCCACAACACACACACACAUAUGGACCGAGUGGGACUGGAGGAAGAAUUCAGAAAACUGACUAAUGUUCGCAUAAUGAAGGAGAACAUGAGAACUGGAAAUCUGCCUGCCAACAUGAGAAAGAACAGAGUACUGCAGAUCAUCCCAUAUGACUUCAACAGAGUAAUAUUAUCCAUGAAAAGAGGGCAAGAAUUCACAGAUUACAUUAAUGCAUCUUUCAUAGAUGGCUACAGGCUGAAGGAUUACUUUAUAGCAACUCAGGCACCAUUGGUUCACACUGUGCAGGACUUCUGGCGCAUGGUUUGGGAAUGGAAGUGCCACUCUAUUGUCAUGCUGACUGAGCUUAAAGAGAGAGAGCAGGAGAAAUGUGUCCGUUACUGGCCAGCGGAGGGCAUUGUUUCAUUUGGAGAGUAUGCACUGGAGCUAAAGAGAGACACAAUGUGUGAGACUUUCAGCAUUCGAGACAUGCUGCUGUCAUAUGAGAAGCAGACUCGCCAAAUCAGACAGUUCCACUUCCACGGUUGGCCAGAGAUUGGAAUCCCAUCAGAUGGAAAGGGAAUGAUUGAUAUUAUCGCUGCAGUGCAGAAACAACAGCAGCAAUCUGGAAACAACCCUAUAGUGGUGCAUUGCAGUGCUGGUGCAGGCCGGACCGGAACCUUCAUUGCCCUCAGUAACAUCCUAGAGCGGGUCAAAGCAGAGGGUUUACUAGACGUAUUCCAGACUGUGAAGAGUUUACGCACUCAGAGACCACAUAUGGUCCAAACUGUGGAACAGUAUGACUUCUGCUACAGAGUGGUGCAGGAUUUUGUCGACAUCUACUCUGACUAUGCUAAUUUCAAAUGAAUGCCGCUUACCAACGAAUCAUUUAUAUAAUAUUUAAACAGAAGGAAAAUAUUACUGUGGCUUAGUGACACUCCAUGCCCUUGACAUUCUUCUUAUUUAUAUGCAGUAUGGUAAUAUUUUGGAUAUGACCAGAAAUUAUGUGGCUUUACCACAGCAAGUCUUUUGCAUUGUUUUUGUUACAUACUGUAUGUGUCAAUAUUCUGAUAUGCACAGAAAUGUUUUGUUUUUCUUUUAAUUUGAGCAGCAUAUUUUGUGCACAUUAACACGAUUUACUACAAAUUUAUAUUGAGAAAUUGUUGUUGAUGUUAAUUUCUAUUUCCACGACUGAAAAAGUGUAAAGAAUUCCAUUAUCAGUACUUGUUCCUUCUAUUUAUUCUGCUGCUUGCUUCCCUGAAAAAUUUAGCAUGAUUAUUUGUGUGUACUUAUAUACUAUAAGUUAUUAGGAUACUUCCAAAUUUGAAUUAUAAAGCAGUUCUUGGCCAGAUUCUGAUUUGUAUCAGCCAUGAUAUGUCAUUUGUACCAUAUAAAUGUUCUUCAUCUUUCACCUCAUCUGACAUAUCCUGACUAACCAUUUAAUGAAACUUUAGCAGGUUUUAAAGUUUCUGUAGAGUAAUGCUCUUUAUUACUUCAAGCCAAUGUUCCAACCAAGAUGGUAAGAUGCGACAGAGAUCCUGUUUGAGAUGCUUUUGGGACCAGGUCAGAUAUGGAUUAAAACAUAAGCCUUUUUUUAAGGAAGUAACAAAUCUUGUAAUCUUUGUAUUGAUAUUUGGUAGUUGCUACGUUUGAAGUAAUAAAUACAUGCUGCAGCAAGAGCAUUGUUUUGUGACACUUUCAUUAAGAUUUACAAUAGUUUUCUUUUAAUAUCCCACUUUUUGUCUGCUCAUUUGUAUAAUAAGGUCAAAGAUAAAGUCCUCUGUGCCAUCAAAACCAUGUUCUUUCAACAGGGUGAUAAAUUAUGGAGAGAAAUGAGAAAAUACAUAUAUGCCUUAAUUGUACAACAUUAUUCCUGGUUAACACAUUGCAAUAAAUGUUUUAAUUAAUA